GGAGCCCGUUGGCGGUGCCGUGGGGCGGUGCGGGCGAGGGGCGGGGGGUCCCUCCCUCCCUUCACGUUUUAUUUCCCUUUAGCCCGUCCUCUCCUUCGUAUUGCUUCCUUUCGCUCUCGCUGUCCGGCUCGGGUUCACUCCCCGCGUCCCUCUGCUUUUGUUACCCCUCUCUCGCUCCCUCUCGCUCCCCGCCCCCGCGUGGCAUUGCGGAGCCGGAGACGUGACCCGAGCGGACUCGCUUCCCCGCAGCUCCAGCCUCUCGCCGCAGAGUCGCAUGUCCUCGAUCCAGAACCUCCAAUCCUUCGAUCCCUUUGCUGAUGCAACAAAGGGUGACGACUUACUCCCGGCGGGGACUGAGGAUUACAUUCAUAUAAGGAUCCAGCAACGAAACGGAAGAAAGACACUAACAACUGUUCAGGGCAUUGCAGAUGAUUAUGACAAGAAGAAACUUGUGAAAGCUUUCAAAAAGAAAUUUGCUUGUAAUGGUACUGUGAUUGAGCAUCCUGAAUACGGUGAAGUUAUCCAACUGCAAGGUGACCAGAGGAAGAACAUUUGCCAAUUCCUCUUGGAGAUUGGCAUUGUCAAGGAAGAACAACUGAAAGUUCAUGGUUUCUAAUAUAUCCGUACUCUUAUGAAGAUCCCUGCAGUAUUGGUCUUACCUAUCCUGGUUCUUCUGUGAAAAAUGAAUUUUUGCAGUGAAUGGACUUCCCCAUUACCUCAACAUUUACAAUUUGAUUUGCAUGACUGCAUGAAACAGGUGGUGUGUAGACUAGAAACACAUAAGAAAACUUCAGUAAGAUGAUUUUUGUGUUCAGGAAUGAACCCUUAAGGCACUAGCAACAAUUAGGGGAGUAUUACAUGACGAUAUCUUUCUCUGUCUGGUCUAGACAAUUCCACUUGUAAAAAUCUAGUCUCUCAAUCUCCACAAAAACUGCCUGAUGUUACAGAUCUUAACUGUUCGACAGAAAGGAUGUUCCAGAAGAUGGUAUACUGUUAAGGUGCAAUACAUUCAGGAGGAGGAAAUGCCUCAUGCAAAGCAUAAAAUACCCACAUACCAAAUGGAAAUCCAAAAAUAAACCUUAUGCAAGUCUUGCAGAUGAGCAGAAUAAAGUCAUUCGAGUGCAAGUUUACCUAGUACUGAUUCUUAACUGCUAAAGUAAUCAAUCUUUUGGGGGUACAUAGCAAUUAGUGAUUUUCAUUUUAUCACAUACCAGAAAAACUGAUGUUCUCAUUUAAAGCUUGUUCUCCUGCUCAAGAGGAAAAAGAAGCAGUAUCUUCUAUUUCACUGGUAUUACACGAGUACAUCUAGUGGGCUUUGAAUUGAAGAUUAACAAAUGACUUGCAGGUCUCGUGUUACUGAGUCAGUCUUCAUUUCAGAUGGCAUUCCAUUAACUUUUACUACCUAAGCUUGAGUCAUUUCUCCAUAGUCAUUCUGCUUGGAAUAAAUAAGAAAAAUCCUUUAUUUUCUUCCUCCUCAUUUAAAAAUCCUUUCUAAUAGAAGGAACCUUGCAGUUGGGAGGUGGCUUAGGUGGAGAUGCUUGUGUUUUGACCUUUGAAGGGCAAAAUUAUAAGGAGAUGGAAUAAGAUGUAACACAUUUGAAGUUUUAAAGAGGUGAGAUUUGUUGUGGCAACAAACCAUUUGACCUUUCUAGAAGAAAAGCAGAAAUUUUUGUCAAUGAGUAUUUUAAACUGAAACAGUGUUUCUAAGACUGUAAUUAGCCUUGGUACAAGCCCAAACCUCUUUGUAUGUUCUAGAUGAAAUGCUUUGACAAUAUCAUGUUUUGUCAUCUUAUUCUGAAACUUCUUUGUCAAAGCUAAACUUAUUUGGAAUACGUAUCUGUUUUAAAAAUGCUGAAAAUUAAGGCUUUGGAAAAUAACUUGUUAAAGUGCUGUCACAGAAAUCUGUUUCCAGAAUGAAGGCAGGUUUCAAUCUUUUCAUCUAUUCAAAAAUAAGUUAAAAAAUGUUGAAGGAUGUGGCCCAUAAUUGCCAAGGCAGUAAAAAUGAGUUUAUGAUAGAAAACUCUUUUGAAGUCCACUAGUAGUACUUGAGGCUGGCCAAGCUCAGACUGCAAAGAACGGUGUUUUUUGCUGGAAUGUUGUGAAGUCUGUGUCCUUCAGACCUUCCAAUCAGGAUUGCCUUCUUAGUGAUACUUAGGCUUAAUCUCAAGGUGUUACUGGAUGUAGAAACUUGUUUUGAAUUCACAGCCUUGUGCAUAGUUUUAUUAGGCUUUUCUAGCUGACUCUGAGCUAAUACUUUGGAGUAAGGUGUUGCAUAAAAGAAUUCACUAAUUUGUUCUGAGUCUACCUUUACUUAAUGCAGCUAUGAGCAAUGCAGCCCUUGCUUCCCAAAUGCCGCUGGCAGUUCUUGUUUGUAGAUGAUGAGAUUUAGUUACUUAAGUCUGUAAGAUGCCUACUUCCUCUUACUGUGUGAGCUAUCAGGCCCUUGACUGUCACCUAUGGUCCACUAAAUCUGUGUCUCAGAGAUGAGCAUGAGGAGCACAACUAUGGGCAGAUAAUUCUUGAGUGGAGUAACCUCUGAAAAGAGGAAUGCCUGGGCUGUGUGUGCAUGCUAUUCAUUGCUCCAGUGGCUUUGCUUGAACCUUUAUUCCUGAACUCUAUUUUUGCACAGCCUAAAUGAAUAACAUUUUGUUUUGGAGAACUUUAGAGGCGGAGGAGGGAACUAGUAAAAAAACUGUCUUAUGAAAUAUGCUUGUAUCUGAAGUUUGUUUUCAUUAACUUAGAUACCUGGACUGCAAGACCUCUGUAACAUUAUUGUUUCUCUCUCUCUGUAUAUUUAAAAAUCCUAGUUAAAUGUCCUUGAAAGUUUGACAUUUAAGGCUCUAAAUACAUCUAAAGCCAUUAUAAAACUCUAAAAUGCAAAGUCAUUGAAGCUUAAGUUUCAAAUAUUUGAAGUAACAAUUAGGCAGAACUCCUCAUUUUUUCCUAUACUGCCAUCCUGCUUAUAGUUGGUAUGUAGUUGCCCUGAAGGUGCAUGUGUUAUUUACAGCUAGGCAGUAAUCAGAUAUCCCUACUAUAAUGCCAUACCCUAUUUGUAGUUUUUUUAAAUUUUAUCUGAUGUGCUGCACUCUUACAGGCUGUACCACUCUAAUUUUGCAGUAUAGGACAGAUGUACCUUGAGUUUCAGUCAGCAAUUAAUUCCUUAAUCCUUCUGCAAAGCUCUAGUGUACAGGAUCCAUGUGUUACAUCUUUAAGUGGUCAAUAGUUCCUCACACUAUAUGAAAAUGUAUACAGGAUUGAUAUUUAGCCUGUUAAAGCAGGGAGAGGUGUUUUUUACAGCUGACUCUGAGACACAGUAGGAGUUACUGUCCCUUGGAUCUGUCAGUGUUGAUCAGUGUCACUGAGCAUUCCUCUAACUAAUGUGCUGCUGCCACUGGUGAGAUGGAAGUGGGCUUAGAGGAUUGUGUAUAUUUAAGUGCUAUUACUUUCUACAUCCAUACUCAGUCAGGAAUCUGUCUCCUGAGCAUGGCCACAUGAAGGUUGUUUUCCAGUUGCCAGAUCAAAAGCUCAUGAGAUCAUUAAUGGAAAAAUGGCAUAGUUGUUUUGUAUUUGCUGUAAGAUGUUUCAUGCCUACUGUUUCCCAUUUAGAUUAAAAAUACAAAAAUAAUCUCAAAAGAGGAUUUGUACUUGGCUUGCCUUUUUUCAAGUUUGCUAUGUGCCUGUCAUUGAUCUCUUAAUGAACAAGUCUUAACCUGUAUUGGAGUAUUGCUGCAGACCUGAGACAACAAAGUCUUUUAAAAUAAAGUGUUCCAGUGUUAUUUGA